AUGUCUCACCCAGCGUUUAGUAAACGUGUUUGCGAAGACAAGCGCGACUUUGACGAAAUGAAAACCGCCGCCGCGGAGUUUUAUCGAGUGAGCAGAGUCCCCCAGGACAUAGAGCGAGCCCUACACCAGCUCUUCCUCCACCGGCCCGCGGACCAGCACGGCUACCUGGCGGAUUACUUUGCAAACCUCGCGGCACCACCGAGAAUCAGCAGAGUGACGGGACGGCAGGUUUAUGACGCGAGAGGACGGCUUUCUCUUGAGGCAGAGGUCUACUGUGUUGUUCACAACAAGGAGAAGAGCAUGUCAUCAGCUGCUGUUUCGAGCCACUUGGUCCCUGAGAGUCAAGAGAGGACUGAGCACGUGAUGGCUGCUGUGCUGUGGAUCAAUGAGCCUCUGAACAGCAUGCUGAAAGACCGAGAUCCUUGUGACCAGUUAAAAAUCGACCAUAUACUCAGCACUUUCUUUAAGGAGCGCUGUCUGGAGGAAAAAGAGGUCCGGGACAGGGAGCGGCCUGAAGUGAUUCCCUCUUCAUCUCCUCCACAGACGAAAGAGAAGAAGAGCAUUAAUAAAGGUAAAAAGAGCACCGUGGAAAAGCCACUUCCUGCAGCGGAACCACAACAGCCAGUUCUACGUGGAAGCUUGGCUGUUGGCUCAGUGUCACUGGCUGUGGCCAAAACUGGGGCACAGAUACAGGGCGUCCAUCUAUACGAAUACGUAGCAGCUCUGAGGAACCAGGAGCCUCCGUUUCACAUCCCUGUUUCCUUGGUGACAUUGCUCAGCUGUGGCAAGACCUCGCCGGGAAAACUGAAUUUACUGGAGGAAGUGAUCCUGAUCCCCAAAGUGGGACAACAAGUCAAACAAAUCAUCACAAUGGCUCUUGAGGUACAGAAGGAGAUGAUGAGAAUAAUGGAAACUUUAACCAAUGGCGGGGCCAGCGAAGCAUUUGUAUGUGACAGUGGGGCCCUGGCUGUAAGCCACGAGCGAGCCGAGCAGCCUCUGGACCUGAUCGCCGAAGCCUGCACCAACCUUGGACUUCCACUGGGCACACAGAUCCAUUUAGCUUUGAACUGUGCUGCUCAUGAGCUCCUGGACCCUUCUAAAGGGAAGUAUGAAGUUGCAACUGGAGUUCUGAAAUCGCCCGAUGAGUUAGUCGACCUGUACCAAACCCUCAUCAGCAAAUACCCAGCAGUGGUGGCUUUAAUAGACCCAUUUAGGAAAGAGGACAGAGACCAGUGGGAGAAGCUGAGCAGUAUGAUUGGGAACUCGUGUUCACUGCUCUCUGACGUCUCCUACAAGUCACAGGGACCUCCCCUUCCUGGAGCCAGAGGCCAUAUCUUAAAACAUAUCAAUGAGACAACAGUCAGUGACCUGAUCCACAUGACAUCAGAGCAACAAGGUUCUGUGUUGAUGGGAACUACAUGCAGUGAGCCAUGCAGUGAGGAUUCUUUGUCAGAUAUAGCUGUGGGUCUGGGCCUGCACUAUGUCAAACUGGGAGGUCUAAGUGGGGCUGAGAGGAUGACUAAAUACAACCGGCUGAUUUCUAUAGAAGAAGAACUGGCCCAACAGGGAAUCCUUGUCUUUAAGGAGAAGCACCCUCCUCCACUGUUCCCUGACAGCCCACAUAAGCAUUCAGGCACCGCAGAGGCAGCGAGGUCUGGAUUGGAGGAACACAGCUCACAUCUGAUUCAGACAGAUCUUUGAACGUGUCUUCAUGAUAAUAUAUUUACCUUUCACAAUUCAGUUUUGCAGUUAACACCACCUGUAAUAAUCUGCUGAGGCGAUUAUAACCGUUGUGGAUCGAUCCAGGGUCACCAUUGUGUGAGCACCGCUCUGCUGUGUUUACAGCUCUGAAAAACUCUAACAGUUUGAAAUGUGAGUUCUUGUCAAGAAAAACAUCAAAUAUAUUCACAUUUUCAGACUCGGAGGAAAUCACACACAGUGCUAUGUACAAUGAUGUCAUUUAAAUUUGAAAUAAAAACCAGAACGAUUUUAAGUUCAAGUCAGUUCAAGCCCCGAACAAGUGCACAUGGAAGCUUUUAUAUCUUUGCUCAAUCUGCUGCAUGGUGUUUGAAGGAAACGUUUGUAUGUUUACUCCUCAGCAGUAAAAGAAUGAGGGGGUGUUGUCAUCAGUGUCAGGUGUGUGUACUAACAAUCUCAGACAGGUUUGUGUCUCAGUGACCUCAAGGUCAGAGGUCAAGUCUUCUGUAAAUCUUGGAAAUGGGAUGAAAUUAGAUUUUGAGUCAGUGUCAGUGUGCAUUCAGUGUUUGCAUUUUUCAGCAAAUAAAAGAGAAAAUGAUCACGCGUGGCCCAGAA